GCAGAGUUUCCGCAGUGACGGCGCCACUCAGGUCCAGCGUCUUCCAGACCUUGUGGUGCCCUCAAGUCCAAACAACUCUACCGCUAUGGCAUCUCAGGUGCCAGGGCUUUCGGCUCUGACUAAACCGGGGUUAAUACCGGGUUUUAAGGUUUCUAAAGAUCAGCUGACCACCAUCGUUCCCGUUGCAGUGGCCGCGGCUCUGAGCACCUACCUGCUGACGCGCUACUUCAGUUCACAGAGCAGCCCCAAGAGCAGGGUCAACAUGUCGAUCAACAAAGACAGCCCCAAAGUAGUGCACAGCUUCGACAUGGAGGACAUCGGCAGCAAGGCCGUCUACUGCCGCUGCUGGAGGUCCAAAAAGUUUCCAUACUGUGACGGCGCGCACACCAAACACAACGAGGAAACCGGUGAUAAUGUCGGACCGCUGAUCAUUAAGAAGAAAAACCCCUAAAUACUCAGCGAGUGUGUGUUUGCAUCCACUGGCGACGAGAGCAAUUGGACUUAAUAUUACAUACAAUAUUACCGUAAUUCUCAAUCUUAAUGUGUCUCAUUCACACAAGGACUUCCUGCAGCACUGCAGACAUGCAUCAGAAAACAUACUGUAUUUCCUGUGAACACGCGGUUUCGCGCUCGGUCUUCCUCUCUGCCUCUAACACAGACAAUAUCAUUUGAAUGUGCUUGAAAUGCACUUAAAAAUAACUUUGCACUACAUGGUCAGAACCACUACGCACAGCUCGAUGCUUAUUUUGGUGAUUACGAACAUUUGUGUGGUUUUUACCAUAGUAGGUGUAAAACUAAACCAGGUUCCAUUUUAAAAAUCGCAUAGAAAUAUAAUACGGAGGCCGUGUGUGUUUUGCUGUAUGAUGAAGAUGUGCAUUUUGAAUAAAUGCAAUUUGAAACGUUCA